UUAUGAGAUUGAGGAAAUAUUGGGAAGAAUUAUAUUAGAGCUAUCCGAUCUGAAUACUUAUGACGCUCUCAAAGAAGCUGUCAGAAACUACGAAAGAACCAAUACGGCAUUUGAGAAACGCCAGGAAAUUUUGAAAUCCAAAAGGAGGCAAAUCGAAGAUAUGAAAGCUUUACUGCCAAAAAUUAAAAAACAAAACGAAGCUGCAAUUCAGUGCUUUAAAGCGGCUGAUGAGGAUUUUCAGAAAAAGAAGAAGCAAAAAAAAUCGGGUACUUUUCAAGAAUUUACAUACAUGAAAAAACUGAUGGAUUAUAAAAUAGAAUCUAAAAAAAAGUAUUUUGACUACCUUCUUAAAGAGGCUAUAAAAGAAACCAAGUGGUAUGAAAAGGAGAGCCGAGCACAAGCACAUGCUGAUGUCCAAAUAAUCUCAUUUUGGUUGCUGAAAUAUGAUGAAUGUAGCGAAGAAGUAGACUCCUUAUUAAGAGAAAUGUUUGAUAAAUGGUCCGAGAAAGAAAGAGAAAUAGCAAUUCUGAAUAAAUACAGGAAACUGAAUUCAAGAAAAAUCAAGAAGGUUUCUAAAAUGAUAGCAUUGAGAGAAGAGUAUCUAGAAAAGGACAGGAAAGAAAAGGAAGAAGAACAAAGGAAACGGGAUGAAGUGAUUAAAAUAAAUAGAGCAGCUACAAUUAUACAAGCGUUUUGGCGCGGAACGAUGGUGCGGAGACAUUUGGAGCCUUUCAAAAUCCAGAAAGCCAAGAAAGGAAAAGGGAAGAAAGAGAAAGGCAAGAAGAAGAAAUAAAAUGGAUGAACAAAUUAUUUAAAACUGGACAAUA